AUGUGGACUUUUUUUUGCGUGGUAUUAAUAAUUUCUUUGUUGUUGUAUAAUAUCCUGUUGUCCACGUCAACAAAGAACAAGGAAUUAAAUGGCAUUCCGGGGCCCAAUGGAAUGUUUAUUUUUGGAAACGCGUUGGAUUUUUUUUUUAUGACAAAGUCGGCGUUUUCCUAUUUUAGAUAUUUGACGGGUAAACAUAAGAGAAUGUUUCAAUUAAAUUUGUUAAAUAAACAAAUUGUACUUCUUUAUCAUCCAGAAGAUGUAGAGGCCCUGAUUAAUAGUACGAAACAUAAUGACAAGGGUUAUCUUUAUGCAUUUCUGCGACCAUGGUUAAAUGAUGGACUUCUGCUAAGCAGUGGUACAAAAUGGCAUCAACGGAGAAAAAUACUAACCCCAGCAUUUCAUUUCAAGAUUUUACGUCACUUUAAUGAAGUGUUAAUUGACAAAAGUGCAAAAUUUGCGGAAAAUCUGCAGUCAGAAGUAAACCAAUCAAAAACAAAUAUUUAUUCCUUCCUUACAGAUUUUACAAUAAAUUCUAUUUGUGAGACGGCAAUGGGAACUGUUCUAGAUCAAGAAUCUUCCUCUGUUAGCAGAUGUUACAAGGAUGCAAUACACGAACUGGGAACACAUUUAUUUAAUAGAGCUUCAAGCAUAUGGUUACACCCAGAACCACUUUUUAAUUUGAGUCAGGUUGGAAGAGCUCACAAGAGUACAUUAGAUUUAAUAACUUCGUUCCGCGACUGCGUUAUUAAGCAGCGAAGGCAAGAUGGACAUUUUACCGACUUGUAUAAAACAACGAUGACUGAAAGUGAUGAUGAUUUUUUUAUUAAUGGGAAGAAACGUUUCGCGAUGUUGGAUCUUCUUUUAAAUGCAGAGCAGCAAGGAACUAUUAACUCUGAGGGCAUUAACGAAGAAGUUGACACGUUUAUGUUCGAGGGCCAUGAUACCACUGCAACUGGUCUCCAAUUUGCUUUUAUGUUACUAGCUAACCACCCUGAUGCUCAGGACAGGAUCCUAGAAGAAUAUUCUACAAUUUUAAACUCAUCCAAUCGAAGACCUACAUUAAGCGAUUUGUCAGAACUGAAAUAUUUAGAAGCUUGUAUUAAGGAAUCAUUGAGGCUCUACCCACCAGUGUAUUUCAUUGAAAGGAAAAGUGAUUUCCCACUGAAAUUAGGGGGUAUUGAAAGACCACCUCCCGGAAGCAUUACCAUUCUUAUAUUUGACUUACAUAGACGCGCGGACCAGUUCAUCGAGCCUUUGGAAUUCCGACCUGAGAGAUUCAUGAAAGAGCCGACUUGGCACCCAUUUUCCUACCUACCAUUCAGCGCUGGAGCCAGAAACUGCAUAGGUAGUAAAUUAUCGUGGUUUUCAACUUUUUAA